UGGAUAAUGGCACUGUUUCAGUCACACGGGUUAUCAAUACUUCUGUUGCUCAUCACAACACAGUCUGCUGGAGCUGAGUCUUGUUCUCAUGUAGAGGCGCCACAAUUCAUCACAGCUACUCAGGAAGAGGUAGCUGUCCUCCCCUGUUUCACAUCAAUUCGCAUAGAUUCAGCAACCAGAGUGAAAUGGACAAAACAUUCACCUAAACCUGAGGACAUCUUGGUGUGGCCUGAUGAUCCAUCUGUGGCCCAUAAAUCAGAACGUGUGGCCUUCGAGUCGGGAGCGGAUGGUGUGGUGGCUGGAAACCUGUCCCUGUCUCUAAGAGAUGUAAGGAAAUCUGACGAAGGGCUUUAUAGUUGCAAGGUCUGGCAGGUAUGGAGCUGUGUCUUGGUGAAAAACAUCACUCUAAAAGUGAAAGAAUGCAAAAUCCUACCUUCAGUUAUGGCAGCACCCAACGGAAUAGCUACCCUGCCUUGCCUGUUGAACAUGACAACAGGAAAGCCCCAAAUAUCAUCGGUGUCCUGGGCAGAGAUCAAGGGAGACAGUGAGAUCCAAAUACUUCAAUACCCUACAGAUAUCUCCAACCAAACAUUCCUAGGAAAAAGAGUGAGCUUUGGAGGGAAUCUCAGUUCAGGAGAUGCAUCUUUGGCUUUCUCCAUGGUGGAGUACAGUCACAGCCAAUGGUACAGAUGUAGGUUGCAGAUGGGACAAAAUGAACGCUGCUUUGAGGUCAAGCUACAGGUUAAAGAACAGGGAGAGGAGAACCUGGUUGUUAGGACUUUCACCACAACUGAACUAGCAAACCCUGCAGUUACUGCCAGUCAGAGUCCAGAAAGAGUUGCGACUACUACAGUUGGAACGGCUACUAUAGCGGCUUCAUUCAUGUGUGUGAUUGUCAUAAUGGCUCUUACGCUGGGAUUGAUCAUUUGCCUCAGACGCCGCAGACACUCCGAUGAAGAUGAGUCUAACUGUAAUACUUAUGAAGAUGUACAAGACCCUGAAAUGGGAUCCAAUUUUCUGUAUUCACUUGCAGAGUUUGACCAGAAGGACAACCUAUGCACUUUUCAAUGCCAGUGAAAAGAAUAAUCCUCUUUCAGUCAACACACCGUGUCUUACUGAACCAUCCACAAAACAUCUGGAAAUGCUUUUUUAUGAUAUUCACACACUUAUCUUUCAACCCCUGGUAUAGCCUACAUAGUAUUACACAAUAACAAUCUUAGUUGUGAAAUAAUCAAAUGGAUGAGGUGACCAAUUGUAUUUAGCUUGAUUUGAUUGGAUAUAUUCCUUUAUUUGUGACCCCACGGUGGAACUUGUGCUGAUGCUUUUCUACACCACAGGAUGUGUAGUUGGGAGCUGUUCCAGACAGAGACAUGCUGUUCUGGGGGUUUUACUUGUAUUGCUAAUGCUCACACACUGCCAUCCUGAAUUAAAUAAACACACGUAUC